AUGGCUUCUUCAUUAAGAUUACGACCUCAAAGCGCGCUGAAGCUAGCAAGAGCUUCCGGAUGGCAGAAGAAUGCCAUCUUGCUCCGUCGCUCAUUCCAGUCUUCGACUGCUAUUCGCGCCAAUGAAAAAGCACCCAUGCAGAGAUCCAGUUUGGGAUCCCGCUUAUGCGAAGUCAUGGAAGUGGCCUCUAGUCUUUCUUUAUUAACAGGUGUGGCUGUUUUACAAUCCCUUCGUGGCGUCGUCGCUUCUUCCAAUACCGUCGCUGCUGUAGGCUCUCCAAAACGGACCCUUGUCGUUUUGGGAUCCGGUUGGGGUGCAAUUUCCAUCUUAAAGAACAUAGAUACCUCUUUGUACAAUGUAAUUGUCGUUAGUCCUCGCGACCACUUUCUUUUUACCCCCAUGCUUCCCUCUUGUACGGUCGGAACUUUGCGUUUGACUAGUAUUACCGAACCUUUAGUAUCCCUCUUGCAGGACAAACUCCCUCCCACCGCUAUCCAUCAAGCCGAAUGUUCCUCCAUAGAUUCCAAGGGCAAGAAACUUGUUAUCCGCGGUACUACUCCCGCCAACAAGGAUGUUGAGACUGAAUUGCCUUAUGAUGAUUUGGUAGUUGCCGUCGGUGCUACAAACCAAUUCUUUGGACUUCAAGGUGUGAAGCAACAUGGCUGCUUCUUAAAGGAAGCUGAAGAUGCCAAGAAGGUAUUUACUAAGGUUUCCAACACUCUGGAGCAAGUACGUUUCAACAAGACUUUGACUCCUGAAGACCGUUCUCGUCUUUUGCACUUUACUGUCGUUGGUGGUGGCCCCACUGGUAUGGAAUUCGCUGCUGAAAUGCGUGACUACAUUGACAGUGAUAUCCGUACCAUGUUCCCUGAACUUUACAAGGAAGUCCGUAUCACACUUAUUGAAGCUGCUCCCAAGGUUUUGCCCAUGUUUACCAAGCAAUUAGUUCAGUACACUGAAGGUCUUUUCAAGGAUAUCCGCAUCAACAUCAUGACUCAAGCCCUUGUGAAAGAUGUGAAUGAGAAGGAAUUGGUUAUCCAAAAGACCAAUGCCGAUGGCUCCAAGACAAUUGAGAACAUUCCUUACGGACUUUUGGUCUGGGCUGCUGGUAUUACUGCCCGUGACUUGACUCGUCAAUUGAUGUCUACUAUUCCAGAGCAAAGUGGUGCUCGUAGAGGUUUGAUGAUUGAUGAAUUCUUCCGUGUAAAGGGUAUGCCUGAUACCUAUGCCAUUGGUGACUGUGCUUUCUCUGGAUUGCCUGCCACUGCUCAAGUCGCUCACCAGCAAGGUGAUUGGUUAGCUGCUAAUCUCAACAAGUCCGGAAAGGCCAAUGCUUUGAAGCACAGAAUUGAAGUCAUGGAGAAGCAACUUGGUGAAAAGAAGACUGACCAAGAAUUUUCUGUUUUGAAGAAAGAGCUCGCCAACACUCAAUUGCAGGCUUUCCAAUACAACCACCAAGGUGCCAUGGCUUAUGUUGGACACGACAAGGCUAUUGCUGAUUUGAAGGUUCCUUAUUUCAACAAGAUUCUUCCUUUGCACGGCAAUUGGGGAAAUACCUUCUGGAGACUUGCUUAUUUGAACCAAUUGGUUUCUGGUCGCUCUCAAUUUUUGGUUCUUUUCGACUGGCUCAAAGCAAGACUCUUUGGACGUUUUGAUGCAAAGGUUUAA